AUGACGAUGACGAGUGACCGCAGAUUGAAGAGGAGAAUUCAAUCUUGGCCGCUUGAACGCAUCAAAAGUGUGCCCGGUAUCUUCGCUAUCGGCGAUGUGAUCAAGGGCGCCAUGCUGGCCCACAAGGCCGAGGAGGAAGGCAUCGCCUGUGUGGAGAACAUUGCCGGCAAGCACGGCCACGUCAACUAUGGCGCCAUCCCUGGUGUCAUCUACACGUUCCCCGAGUUCGCAUCGGUGGGCAAGACGGAGGAGGAGCUCAAGGCCGAGGGAAUCGAGUACAAUGUGGGAAAGUUUCCUAUGAUGGCCAACUCGCGUGCUCGUACUAUCGCUGAGGCGGACGGCUUGGUGAAGGUGCUGGCCGACAAGAAGACGGACAAGCUGCUGGGAGUGCACAUCAUUGCUGGCAACGCUGGCGAGAUGAUCGCGGAGGGAGUGAUCGGCAUUGAGUACGGCGCUGCUAGUGAAGACCUGGCGCGCACGUGCCACGCCCACCCGACGCUGAGCGAGGCCUUCAAGGAGGCGUGUCUGGCGGCGUUCGACAAGCCUAUCAACUUCUAAGACGAGCGAGAACUGCUCGUAGUAGACUUGGGGUGACGGAGAAUUGAUAAACCUAACGUGUAUUGCGGCAGAGUGCUUAGCGUAUGCACAGGUUAUAUAUGUGGCUCUCGUGCAUCUUGUUCAAAAAGAAAU